AACAACAUGGCGGCGCCCGUGAGACACACUCUGGUCAAGGUGGCGAGGGGCUGGGGGCGGUGCGAGGGGCUCUGGGCCGGCAGCCUAAGGACUCGCAGCCUGGCCCUGGCGGCCGCCCCCGCCAGCUGCGGGUCUCCAUGGCGCCUGCUGGGCGCGGUGUGUCUGCAGCGGCCGCCGCGAGUCUCACAGCCGCUGACCCCGGUGCAGGAGGAGAUGGAGGCUCUGCUACAGCAGAUUGAGGUAGAAAAAAGCCUGUAUUCAGACCAUGAACUUCGUGCUCUGGCUGAAGCCAAGCAUCUGGCAAAGAAGAAAGCAGACCUUUAUGAUGAAGAGGAUGAAAAGAAUAUAUUGCUGGUGCAGGAUUUGGAAGAUUCUUGGGAGCAGAAAUUCCUACAGUUCAAACCUGGAGCUCGCAUAACAGAAGCUGAUAAAAAGAAUGACCGAACUUCACUGCACCGGAAGCUUGAUAGGAACCUUGUCUUGUUGGUCAAAGAGAAGCUUGGAGACCAGGAGGUUUGGCUGCUGCCCCAGGCUGAGUGGCAACCUGGAGAGACCCUGCGAGGAACUGCCGAGCGAACCUUGGCCUCCCUGUCAGAGAACAACCUGAAAGCCAAGUUCCUUGGCAAUGCACCCUGUGGCCACUACAAGUUCAAGUUCCCGAAGGCGAUGCGGACAGAGAGCAACCUCGGGGCCAAAGUCUUCUUCUUCAAAGCACUGCUGCUGAGUGGAGACUUUCCCCAGGCUCGGAAGAAAGGCCGGCACGUCUGGGUCAGCAAGGACGAGCUGGGCGACUAUUUGAAACCAAAAUACCUGGCCCAGGUGAGGAGGUUUCUCUUGGACCUGUGAUGACUGAGCCGCCGUGGAUAGUACUUGGCGGCCUGCGGCUGAGGGGAGGAGAGCAGCACUUCGCCAGCACCUCUGCUGCGGCCGGGCUGACGACGUGGGCCAGGACGAUAUAGCAGGGACCAGGAUGAUGCAGCAAGGGACCAGCGGCCGCCUGGAAGCCUCGUGUCCAGGAGCGCUGCCCGCCGGCACCUGUGACGGCUCAGCCACUUCCCUUCCUGUCCCGCCUCAUCCGGCUACGUGCUCGUGUGUCGUCCAGGAGAUAAUUCCGUCCUUUUCCUCCCUCCCCUCGGUUCAUUUUUGUUUCCUGUUGUUUUGUUUUUUUUUUUUGAAGCAUUUCGUAUUUAAGCGGAAUUAACUGUCUCAUUCAUAUGUGUUGAAGUCAGGUGAAAUAAAAAGGGUCCCCGUGUUCUCCCUCUGCACAUGGGGUGGGUGCCCACCGAGGCGAGCCUCAGUUCUGCUCGCCCAGCUCUGGCCUCUGGGUUGGGGCGCUGGGCCCUUCCCUGUGUUGCUGGGUCACUGGGUACCAGGCCUGGCUCCUGGGAGGUGCGUGAUGACCAUGUGCAGCCUCUGGAGGGGUGA